ACUGCAAGAUUACACUACGAAGAUUUUAUCAAAUGAUUACAUUAUGCCAUUUAAGAGAUGCCAUUAUCACUGUUCUAUCGUAUCUUGUGGGAGCUAGUCGUUUUUUCAACAAAUAUGUAUGCACUAAUUUGUCGCAAAGUAUCAUGCAGUGUUAUUUGGGACAGAUUAUGCAUAUUGGUGAUCUGAAGCGAGCCGUAGAAGAUGUUAUCUUACGACCUGAUGAUAAUCCAAUCAGUGAUAUGGAGAGGCGUUCUACAAUCGCUGCUCUUGAUCUCUGUCAGGUUCGAGAAGCUCAGAGAGUACUCCCACAUACUUCAAAUUCGAGACAGAGGUCACGAGAGCAAACGUGUCCUAUGUUAACUUCAUCUUUAUGUAGUGGUGAAGUGUUCAGUUCCACGGAAAGCACCUGCAGCACCUCGCUGACAGCAUCCACUGGUGUUUAUCAUCAUCAACAAGUACCCACGAACCAACCACCACCACUGAGUAUGAGCACCUCGUUGGAUACAAUGGUUCUACGACAAACGCUUUCUAAUCGGCCUUCGUUGGGUACAUCACGUCGAUCAAGUCGAGUUCUCCCACAUUAUGGCCAGAGUAAACGUAAACGUUCUAAUUCCGUCUCAUCGUGCAUGAAUAAAAAAUACUCACGGUAUUAUUUUUGCAAUUCAAAAUUCGUUGUCAAGAGAAAAAUCGAUAGUUUAUUGUUUAAGAUAAACGUAAGUCAACAAGAUAUGCAGAUGUCUUAUCUUGGUACAAAAGAUAGCGAAAGAUUUGAAAAAGGAUUAGUCAAUGAAAUGCGGAAAAGAUAGGA